UAGCACAGAUUAUAUCUGUCCCCAGUCCCAUUCACUCGUGUGGUGAUACACUUACAAGAAAAAGGACACGGUUUUAUGAAUUAUUAAGGAUUAUAGUUCAAAAGACAAAAUCAUCUGUAAGAUGUUGUUGGCUGCCUUCACUUCCAUCUGUUUUAACUUUUGACUGUCUCGAAAUGCAUGAAAAUGGUUAAGAAGUCUCUUGUUGCUGGGCUGAUGGUCUUGCUUGUGGCUGCAGUUGGUUUUUUCAUUGGUGUGUAUUUGGGGAUCAGAAACAGGAAACUCGCUGUAUCCUCGGACCACUUCUACUCAAAAGCAGCAGUGGCAGCAGAUGCCGGGACGUGCUCUGAGGUUGGGAGGGACAUCUUAAAGCGCAAUGGUUCAGCAGUUGAUGCUUCCAUUGCUACUCUAUUGUGUGUGGGGCUGUUUAAUGCACACAGCAUGGGCAUCGGAGGAGGGCUGUUCUUCACCAUAUACAAUGCAGCAACAGGAAAGGUGGAGACAAUUGAUGCCAGAGAAACUGCUCCAAUGAACGCUUCAGAGAACAUGUUUGGCAAUAACACCCAGCUGUCACGGAAAGGAGGGUUAUCCAUCGCCAUACCAGGAGAAAUCCGUGGUUACGAGAUGGCGCACAAAAGACAUGGGAGACUGCCAUGGAGGGAACUGUUUCAGCCCAGUAUAGAAUUGGCACGCAAUGGUUUUCCAGUUGGCAGGCCCUUGGCCAAUGCCAUUGCAAAAAACAAAGAAUCAAUUCUGAGUGACGUGAUGUUGUGUGAAGUGUUUUGUGACUCAAACAAAAACCUCCUGAGGGAAAGUGAUAUCAUUAGAUUUCUCAAACUCGCUGACACCUACGAGAGGAUAGCGGAAGAAGGGCCCGAUGUUUUUUACAACGGAUCUAUGGCCCAGAACAUAGUAGAUGAUAUCCAGGCUGCAGGAGGGAUUAUAACACUUGAGGACCUAAUGGAAUAUGAGCCAGUGUUAAAUGAGACCCCGUUGAAGUUAACUGUGGGGGAGUACACCAUUAAUAUUCCUGAUGCUCCAUCCAGUGGACCUGUCCUCGCCCUAAUUCUUAACAUAGUGGAUGGUUACAACUUCUCAAACAGCAGUGUGUCUACAGCAGAGAAGAAGACUUUGACAUAUCACCGCAUCGUAGAGGCAUUUCGUUUUGCUUAUGCAAAGAGGAGUAAAUUGGGAGACCCGCGUUACCUCAACAUUACUGACCUCAUCCAAAACAUGACCUCGGACUACUUUGCAGACAACAUCAGGAGUAAAAUCACAGAUGACACCACUCACCCAGACAUCUACUACGAUCCCGAGUACUUUGUACCCGAUGACCACGGCACGGCUCACCUGUCAGUCAUCGCAGAGGAUGGGAGCGCGGUGGCGGCCACCAGCACCAUCAACCUUUAUUUUGGCUCUAAGGUGAUGUCACGCUCAACUGGGAUUAUCUUUAAUGAUGAGAUGGAUGAUUUCAGCUCUCCUUACAUUACUAAUGGCUUUGGGGUUCCGCCUUCACCCAACAACUUCAUUCAGCCAGGUAAAAGACCACUUUCAUCGAUGUGUCCCACGAUAAUAUUUGACAAAGACAACAGAGUCAAAAUGGUGGUUGGGGCCUCAGGUGGGACGAAAAUCACUACAGCAACUGCUCUGGUGAUCCUGAACUCAUUAUUCUUUCACUACGAUCUUAAGAAAGCGGUUACAGAACCAAGAGUCCACAACCAACUCAAUCCCAACAUGACAGUUGUGGAACAGGACUUUGAGCAGAGUGUUCUUGAUGGCUUGGCUCAGAAGAAUCAUGUAACGGAGCUGCUGAGGACCCCAGGAGCAGUAGUGCAGGCCAUUGUGCGACAAGGGGACAAACUUUGCGCUGAAUCUGAUCCUAGGAAAGGCGGCUAUCCUGCAGGAUACUGAAUGCCGUCGCCACUCCCUCUCACCCUUCUCACAUUUUCUGGACUUUCGUUCAUUGUUGACAAGAUCAAGAACCAGGAAAAACUAAUGUACACAUUCAAAAACAAUACACCUCUCAGUCCAACAAUCAACAUGGACUGUGGACUAUCCAUGGACUAUGACUAUUGCAUAAAUACUCCCUGUAUUUAUUAACUUUUCUUUUUGAUGAGAAAAUUUUAAAUCGGUAUCAAUAGUGCCUUACUUUCAUAUUGAACGGUCUAUGGUUUUACCAAGCUUAUUUAUUCCUUUUGUGUGUAGAGAAGAGUAUUGAUUAUCAGUAUGUGGGGGUCCUUUGGUACCUGAUUCUAUUGUACAGAUUCUUUGUUGUGUGAUUGAGCUUUUUUGGUUAAAGGAUGUUUGACUCUUGGUCAAGUCAGGGAAAUAAGAAUGAAAUUGAAAUAUUACAGGUAUUUAUUGUACAUAAUCCUGACUCAAUGGGAAUUAGAUUCUUCCCAGCUAACAGGGAAUGUUCUUAGAACUUUGGCUAACGUUCUGGCAAGGUUCUCCAGUGACGUUAAUGCAAUGUUCGUUCAAAGUUAUCUGGUCUUUAAUAAUGUUCUCAAAACAUUAUCAGUAAAUCAUUGAUCAUGGAACUUUUUUUCUUAAACGUUUAAGUUGAAUUUUUUUUUAAAUGUUACUACUUGAUUCAGAAUCUUCAUAAAACAUUCAAAAGUAACAUUCCCAAAAUGUUAGCAAAAUGGAACGUUUCCUCAAAGUUCAUGUAACAAAGAAAAUGCUUUUAAAACAUUUAAAAACUAAACAUUUUGAACAUCCAGGAAUACAUGGAAUGUUAGCAAAAUGUUCUUAGAACAUAUUUGUGUUAGCUCAGCUGAUAUU